GCCUUCUGCUUCUCUCUGUUUAUAUCUUCAUACAUGAAAAAGCAAAGCACACAUUAACACCAAAUUAUCAACCAUAACUGCUCAGAUCUAACCCCAAAACUUCGAUUAAUUACGAAAAUGUCAAGCGACAGCGACGAAGAUGAGCUUCUGCAGAUGGCAUUGAAGGAGCAAGCGCAACGCGAUGUCAACUACCAUAGACCAACAUCUUCGUCGGCGUCCAAUCAGCGGAAGCCUGUGGCCAAUUUUGUACAGCCACCAAAGACAGGGGCAGGUGCUCCACCUAGACCAGGGGCGAGCGCGGCACAGCCGCUGAAGGCAAACAGGAAAGUUGUGGAGGAUGACGAUGAUUCGGAGGUGGAAAUGCUGAGUAUAUCGAGCGGAGAUGAGGAGGUGAUUAAGGAUCGAGGAGCAGCGAGAGGGAGAGCUGGAGGAAGAGAGAAAGGAGGGGACGAUGAUAGACCGUGGGAUGGAGAAGAGCCUGAUUGCUGGAAAAGAGUUGAUGAGGCUGAGCUUGCUCGUAGGGUUCGUGAAAUGCGAGAGACAAGAACAGCACCUGUGGCUCAAAAGUAUGAUCGAAAGCCUUCAGCAGUCGUUAGAAAGGGGCUUAACAAUCUACAGUCCUUCCCUCGUGGUAUGGAAUGUGUAGAUCCACUGGGUUUGGGGAUCAUAGAUAACAGAACAUUAAGGUUGAUUACAGCAUCAUUAGACAGCUCUCCUAGAUCUGACAAAGCGUAUCUUGAUAAUAACCUUCGUGAGAAGUUGUUAUAUUUCUCUGAAAGGUUUGAUGCAAAGCUGUUUCUGUCCCGAGUGCAUCAAGAUACCACUGCAGCAGACCUGGUGUCUGGAGCUCUUUCUUUAAAAACUGAUCUCAAAGGGCGUACGCAACAGAGGAAACAAUUGGUGAAAGACAACUUUGAUUGCUUUGUCUCUUGCAAAACUACAAUUGAUGAUAUUCAAUCAAAAUUAAAACGCAUUGAAGAAGACCCUGAAGGUUCUGGGACUUCUCAUCUUUUCAAUUGCAUGCAAGGAGUAAGCUCACUUGCUAAUCGUGCUUUUGAGCCUCUAUUUGAGAGACAGGCUCAAGCUGAGAAGAUCAGAGCUGUCCAAGGAAUGCUUCAGAGGUUCAGAACACUAUUUAACUUGCCAAGCACGAUUCGUGGGAGCAUUAGUAAGGGUGAAUAUGACUUGGCAGUAAGGGAAUACAAAAAGGCGAAGUCAAUUGCUCUGCCCUCUCAUGUAAAUAUACUAAAACGUGUUCUUGAAGAGGUUGAAAAAGUGGUGCAUGAGUUCAAAGGCACACUGUACAAAUCAAUGGAAGAUCCUCAAAUAGAUCUAACAAAUCUUGAGAACACUGUGAGGCUGUUGUUGGAGUUGGAACCUGAAUCAGAUCCUGUAUGGCAUUAUUUAAAUGUACAGAAUCAUAGAAUUCGAGGUUUACUUGAGAAAUGCACCCUAGAUCAUGAAGCAAGAAUGGAACAUUUGCAUAAUGAGAUGCGUGAACGAGCUCUCUCUGAUGCAAGGUGGAGGCAAAUUCAGCAAAAUGUAAAUCAAUCUUCAGAUGUUGAUUAUUCCUCUGUGACAGUAGACUCACAACCAAUAUACUUGGUUGGUGAAGAAGUUGACACUCUUAGAGGAAAAUAUAUUCGAAGGUUAACUGCUGUACUGAUCCAUCACAUACCAGCCUUCUGGAAAGUUGCACUUUCUGUUUUCAGUGGGAAAUUUGCAAAGUCUUCCCAAGUUUCUGCUGAAUCAAAUGCUAACACUUCAGCAAAUAAAACCGAGGAAAAAGUUGGGGAUGGCAGGUACUCGGCACAUUCUCUUGAUGAAGUUGCUGCAAUGAUUUGCAGUACUAUAUCUGCAUAUGAAAUCAAGGUUCAAAAUGCAUUCCGUGAUCUUGAAGAAUCAAAUAUUCUUCGGUCUUACAUGAGUGACGCCAUAAAGGAAAUAUCCAAAGUCUGUCAAGCUUUUGAAGCAAAAGAAUCAGCCCCACCUAUUGCUGUCAUGGCACUCCGAACGCUUCAAGCAGAGAUUACAAAGAUUUAUAUAUUCAGGCUUUGCUCAUGGAUGCGAGCUACAACAGAGGAGAUAUCAAAAGAAGAAACAUGGGUUCCUGUAUCUGUUCUUGAAAGGAAUAAAUCUCCAUACACAAUCUCUUUCUUGCCUCUAGUAUUCCGCUCAGUUAUAGCCUCAGCGAUGGAUCAGAUCAGCUUGAUGAUUCAGUCCUUAAAGAGUGAAGGAAGAAAGUCGGAAGAAUUGUUUAUGCAAAUUCAAGAAAUUCAAGAAUCAGUUAGACUUGCCUUCUUCAAUUGUUUCCUAGAUUUUGCUGCUCAUUUGGAACAAAUUGGGAGUGAGCUAGCUGAAAACAGAUCAAGUCUGCAUCUACAAAAUGGAUUUAUUCAUGAAUCAGAGGAUAGACUAUCUAAUCUCCCUGGAAGUAUUGUUGAUUCACAUCAACAAUUGCUGAUGGUGUUAAGUAAUAUUGGAUACUGCAAAGACGAGCUUUCUCAUGAGUUAUACAACAAGUAUAAAAAUAUUUGGCAGCAGUCUAGGGACAAAGAUGAGAACAGCGACGUACAAGAUCUAGUGAUAUCCUUCUCUGGCAUGGAAGAAAAGGUUCUUGAACAGUAUACUUUUGCAAAGGCCAAUAUGAUCAGAACAGCCACCGUAAACUAUUUACUGAACUCUGGCAUUCAGUGGGGAUCAGUGCCUGCAGUCAAAGGUGUGCGUGAUGCUGCUGUGGAGUUAUUGCACACUCUAGUAGCUGUGCACUCAGAGGUCUUUGCUGGUGCUAAGCCUCUGUUGGAUAAGACACUUGGCAUACUUGUGGAAGGUCUAAUUGAUACUUUUCUGAGCCUUUUCCAUGAAAACAAAAGCAAAGAUCUGAGGUCACUAGAUGCAAAUGGUUUUUGUCAGCUCAUGCUCGAGCUUGAAUAUUUUGAAACUAUAUUAAAUCCAUAUUUCACACAUGAUGCAAGGGAGUCUCUCAAGUCCUUGCAAGGUGUGCUGUUAGAGAAGGCAACUGAACAUGUCACUGAAGCUGCAGAAAAUCCAGGUCAUCAACGGAGAUCAACUCGUGGGAGCGAGGAUGCACUUGAUGACAGGCAGCAGGGCAUGACUGUGUCUCCAGAUGACCUAAUUGCUCUUGCUCAGCAGUGUAGCGCUGAGUUGCUUCAAGCAGAACUUGAGAGAACUCGAAUUAAUACAGCAUGCUUUGUCGAGUCAAUUCCCUUGGACUCGGUGCCAGAAUCAGCAAAAGCUGCUUACGGUUUCCGAGGAUCAUUGGAUUCUCCCAGCAAAAACUAUAGAGGUGCACAAGCAAUGGGAUCCCCAGGUUUUGCCAGACAGAGGCGUCGAUGAUUUAGGAAAUUACAGUUUUGUUUCAUAAUUUUUCCCCAAUGUGUAUGUGCAGUUGUUGUAUCGUAUAGUUGUGGUAGAUCCAAUUGAAUGAAAUCCAUAUUCUUUCCAUUGUAAGUUCCAUUUGAGCUCGUCUCCAAUUAUCCUUCUUACUGAUUAGUGUUAAUAAACUGCCCAUAUAUAUUUUUUUAAUUUAUGAUUUUUGACUCUGCUUUCC